AUGACCACAGCACCUCCGUCGCCCCCACAAUGGGUGCUGGACCUCAAUUCCACGCCUCCAUCCAAGCCAAAGAAUGCAUCGCUACAGGAUCCACCCGGUUAUACGGCCUCUCUCACUCGAAAGGAACGUGCCAUUUCAUCCAAAUCAGCCAGGAAGCCCCCAACUCUCGAGGAGAUGGAUACGUUGAAGAUGAAGAAGGCCUGGGAGGUUGCCAUUGCCCCAGCCAAGCAGUUGCCUAUGAACGCCUUUGGCAUGUACAUGACUGGCAACACGCUCCAGAUCUUCUCCGUCUUCAUGGUCUUCACCCUGUUCAAGACACCCGUCCUAGCUGUGCUAGGCCUUCAACGCACAUUCGCCCCUUAUGAAACUCCUGGUACUUCGGGUCGGUUGCUCGGUGUCAAGGCCGUCUACAUAUUAUGCAACAUGCUCAUGCUGGCUCUGGGAAUCUGGAAGGUGAAUGGCAUGGGACUGCUUCCGACGACAAGAUCAGAUUGGCUGGCAUGGGAAAGCGAGAGGACGUGGUCAGAAAGAGCUGUGCCCAAAGAGUGGCUAUGA